AUGGAAAAAUCUUGGAUGCUUGCCAAUAGGAGAAGUAAAGAGUAUGAAGAGGGAGUUGAAGAAUUUCUAAGGAUAGCAUUAGCAAAUGCUAUUGAUCAUGGACGCAUUCGCUGUCCAUGCCAGAAAUCUGGGAAUACAAGAAAGUUUACGAUUAGAGUAAUAAGGGAGCAUAUGUAUUUUAAUGGUUUUGACCAAACAUACAAGGAUUGGACAUGGCAUGCCAAGCCUAUUGAAAUAAAGGCUUGUGAAACUGUAAAUCAAGAACCACAGCCGGAACGUGAUUUUUUUGGUGAAACGGUUGACAUGUGCGAAGGUGCCCAUGAACACUUCAUUGAAAAUCCAGAGGAAUUUAAAAAGUUUUUGGAGGAAGCCGAGAAGCCUCUUUAUCCUAGGUGUCAUAAGCACACCAAGUUAUCAGGAUUGGUUAAGUUGUACAAUCUUAAAGCAAGGCAUGGCAUGACCGACAAUUGUUUCGCGGAUAUGCUGAUCGAAGUUGGUGAUUUGCUCCCGAUCGGUCAUGAGCUACCCUCGUCUAUGUAUGAGGCAAAGAAGACGUUGAAUGCAUUGGGAUUGAAAUAUGAGAAGAUACAUGCAUGCUCUAAUGAUUGCAUUUUAUAUAGGAAGAAGUAUCAUGAUUGGACAAGCUGCCCUAAAUGUGGCCUUUCAAGAUGGAAGGUGACAAAGAAGAACGUAGUACAGAAAGGGGUCUGGACAAAGGUUUUAUGGUACUUUCCUCCUAUCUCCAGGUUUAAACGUAUGUUUAAGUCCUUGUAA